GGAGGGGGGGUGGGGAAGGGCAGCCAUGUUGGACGGUCGGUCUUGCGUGGCGGCAAGGCCCUUCUUCUCGUCGUGCGAUUCCGAUAAGGAUUGGUGCUUCUCUUCCUCUCCGGUCGACCCACCGAAGACGAAGCGGAGGUUGGAGGGGGAGCAGCAGCACUGCGAUGAAGAUGACGUCGGCACCGCUGGAGGAGGCGACAUUCCCGACAAGAAACCCUGCCUCUCGACGCCUUCACGGGCGGCACCUCACAGCGGAUCGGGUUUCAGACCUCUGAGCCCCAGGGACGACCAAUCAGGCCAGCAGGCUCAGGGCGAUCCAGCGGAUGGUUCCCUGAUCAACGGGCUCGAUCGAGACAUGUCCCUGCAGUGCCUAGUCCGGUGCUCCAGAUCGGACUACGGGUCGAUCUCAUCGUUAAAUCAUAGCUUCAAUUCUCUGGUUCGGUCUGGGGAACUAUACCGGCUGAGAAGGAUGCACAGGAUCGUGGAGCACUGGGUGUACUUUGCCUGCAGUUUGGUGGAUUGGGAAGCGUUCGACCCGCAACGGCGACGGUGGAUGCAUCUUCCGCGGAUGCCGUCGAACGACUGCUUCAUGUUUUCUGAUAAGGAAUCGCUGGCUGUUGGCACCGAAUUGCUUGUCUUCGGCAAGGAUGUUAAUUCCCAUCGCAUUUGGAGAUAUAGCAUUCUAACCAAUUCUUGGUCACCUGGCCCUCCGAUGGAGUCACCGAGAUGCCUAUUUGGUUCGGCGAGUCUUGGGGAGAUUGCGAUCGUCGCCGGUGGCUGUGAUAUUAACGGGCAGAUCUUCAGUUCAGCCGAGAUGUAUAACUCGGAAAGGGGCGGCUGGAUCGCUCUUCCUAGCAUGAAUUCUCCGAGGAAGAUGUGCUCUGGGUUCUUCAUGGACGGAAAGUUUUACGUUAUUGGUGGUAUGAAAAGCCAGACGGAGUCCCUCACUUGUGGAGAGGAGCUGGAUUUGGACACCUUAACAUGGAGGACGAUCCCGUACAUGUCCCCUUGCAGGGGAGAGGCAGCAGGCGCCCCGCCGCUGGUCGCAGUGGUGAGCAAUGAACUCUACGCUGCUGAUUGCUCGGAUGCGAAUGUUGUGAAGAAGUAUAAUAAGGAGAGGAAUGCUUGGGACGUAGUGGGCAGGCUUCCAGAAAGAGCAGACUCGAUGAAUGGGUGGGGGUUGGCAUUCAAAGCUUGUGGUGAACGGGUAAUAGUUAUCGGAGGACAGAGGGGUCCAGGAGCAGGGCAAACAGAGCUAAACGCUUGGAAACCCAAAGAAGGGCUGCCUGCGUGGAAUUUGCUUGCGAGCAAGGCAUUGGGAAGUUUUGUUUAUAACUGUUCGGUAAUGGGCUGCUAAAAGAAUUGGUGGAGUUGUGCAAUAUCCGAUUCAAUCAAAACUGAGGUAUGCUGUAUGAGUGCUGUGCUGAAUAAUGGGUUGGGAGAACCCGUGGACAAGGGUGUAUAGGGUCAGUGCUUUGUGUUCAGGAGCAUGAAGUUCCGGCUGAUUGGUAAUCAGUAUCUUGCUGUGGUCUCUCUUUCUCUCUUCCCCAAAACACCCUCCACCCCCAUUUUUUCACUUUUUAAUUCUCAUUGGAUGGGUACUAAGGGUCUACAGUCUUUCUCUCAAGGAAUCUUGAGUGUUUUUUAUCCGCUUCUAAUUCUCAUUAUUGGAGAUCAUUUUUGUAGCAAAUGUCAAUUUUGCGGUCCAUGAAAUCUUCAAAUACUGGGUACAAUUGGUACAUGGGUAGGUUAAUAAUUUGGAAGAUGUGCGGUUUGUGGAAAUUUCCAUGCUGGGUUGACUUCGCUAAUUUUAAAGGAAGUUGUCCCCUUUGAGAUCGGUCCUGCAACAACAUAUUUUUCUGAUGGUUUCACCUUUUGUGCUGUUAUCUUGGCAUAUGGAACUCAACAAUGUGUGACCAUUACUGAAAGAUACUCGCUGAGCUCGUGCAAUACAUGGCUGAACUCGGCAGUCCCUCCCCCUUCCAUUGUCAGAUUUGCUUUUUAGCAACUGGUUCCAACGGCUGGAGCAGUCCGAACGGAGUUUCUGAUGAAUAUAAAGCAGGUCGAGGAAACAUGUUUUAUCUUUGCUUUCUGGUACCAAUUUUGCCUCUUCUGUUUUCCAGCAACCAAACUAUAUUUCUCCUAGUAUCUCUCCCUCACAGUCUUUCUCUCUUUGUGUGUGUGCAUGUACGUUUGAUGAUUAAGAUUUGGCUUUUUUUUUUUUUCUUUUUUCCUGUUUCCAACUGCAACUGAACCUGUGUCAUAUAACUGCAGGUGUGGGUUUAACACUUUUCAGAAAAGCUUGAGUGUGGGUACAGCAAAACUGUAUGUGUAUGUGUAUCAUGGUGUGUAAAAAGCUUAUGUAUACAAAUGGGAAAAAAGGAACUAUAUGCAUUUUGGUAGACCAUAAAGCACAAUAACCAACAAUUAUGAGCAGCCAUACCUGCAGAGCAUCCAGUGCUCAUUUGACUUGGGUGGGCCAGCACAUUUGCAACACCCAUGUGACAUAAAGUAUAAUAGCCUAUUUGUGAUAGCCAAUUGGCCACUGGGUUUCAAAACUUGGGGCCAUACUGUUCUAUUCUCUUGUAAUUAGGUUCAGAUACUAUGGUAAAGAGACCUUUCUGGAAAUUGUAGCUGUCCACGGGCCAUUUUUUAUGUUUCAUCAUCAUGUCCCAGAUUUCCUUUAGCCUUUAUCUCUGGGAGAAUGCUUCCUUUGCCCUGCUUCUUCUAGCAAACUUGCUGAAGUAAUCUUGAUACCAUGGAGUGUGGAUUUAAGUCUCUCUUUGCUUACAAAACGUGUGUUUCUUGGCUAGCAUUCUGACUAGAGCAUUAGCCAAUAAAUUUAGUUAAUGUCUUCUCCUUGAUUGUACAAUGUCUUCUGGAAAAUGACUAAACAGCUAUAUAUGCAUUUAUGCAUGUAUGUGCCCAUGUGUGUAAAUGUGUGUCUCUUUUUAUCCCUGAUUUCUUGGGAUGUUGUACUGCUCUUUUUCAUAGCACCAUCAUGGAAGUUUUUGCAAUUCCAUUAUUGAAGAGUGGAUGGAACAUAACCAGUGAUAAAACUGGUAGUAUAGAGAUGAGUUUAUGGUGCUGAUAUGGAAUAUGGAUAGAAGUUUUUUAGUUGUUACCUUCACCAUUAAAAGAUCUUUUCUGGAACCAGUGGAAUCCAUUCUUAGUUGCUUUAGGUAGAUUGAACUGUUCUCUAGCUUGUAUGUGGAGAGAACACUAAGAGUUUUCUUGCAGGAGUCCUUCUGUAAACAAGAAUGGAUUCAUGUUCUGAGAUCUAAGUAAGUUCGGUUUCAGCAGUCUGCUUCUGGUGCUCAAGGGAAUUCCGAAGGAAAGUCUUGACUUUUGUCUAACACCAUGAAAAUGUUUCUGUGUCUAUUGCCAAGAAUUUUCACAAUGGUUAUAUGAUAAUUUCCUGUUCAUAUUCUGAUACUAUUCCAUGCUUUAUCCCUAAGAAUGUAAAUUUAGUGCAGGGACUUAACCUAAGAAUGUAAAUUUAGUGCAGGGACUUAAAAAAGUAAUAUUAUUGAAUUAUUUCUACAAUGCUAUGGGAAUGUUGAUAUAUUAUUGCCAAGCCUUUCUACAAUGAUAAUCUUCUGGUCAUUUUGUAAUAUGUUUAUUUCUGACAUACAUUUGAUUGGUGCAUUAUUGUCAUGAUAAUUUUCAUUUCAGGAAUAAAGAGAAUGUUCAAAGAAUAAUGUGUAAAUCUAUGGGUUUGUUUAUUCUAAGACAAACCUUCUAAAGUGCCUCUCAAAGUGCUUAUCUCUCUCUCUCUCUCUCUCUCUCUCUCUCGCUUUCUCAUCCUCUCUCUCAAUGCCCAUCUGUGUGCAUGAGAGAGAGAGAGAGAGCAUGCCUGUGUUUAGCAACUGUGAGGUGCGCAUCUCAAAACCAUUCUGCCUGAGUAGGUGUGAUGGAAUUCAUUGCAUAGGGCUGUGGCGCCUUGAGAUUUUCCUAGCAAGAAGUCAGUUCAAAAAGGAAUAAAAAUUAAAGAAAAAAACAAAGGAAAAAAAGAAGAAACUUAACCACUUAACCUUAAGAAAUAUCUUGUUUAACCAUAGAAAUCACAUUUGAGAUAGACUAACAAGAAGAAAUAUCGUGGCAUUGUGAAGGCUUUUUACUUUAUUAAGGCCAAUUUUUCUACAUGAGAGAUGAACUUGGAGUGCAGAUGCUUAAAGUUUAUUUCUGAUCAGGUACAUCAUCUUGAAGUCUUAAGUUACUUGAGUCCUUGAAUAUGUAUUCAGAUCAAGUUUCAAGUAAUUAUGUCAGGGGGGUUCAUUAUUUUGGACCUUCCCUAUCAUAAUACGUGGAGAUUUUCUUUCCUCAGAACUUGCUUUCUUCUUUUUUCCUUUCUUUUGUUUCUUUUGUUCUUCUAGAAAGGGAAAAAAAAUGUUUUCUCCUAUGAAGGGAAUUGACCCCUGGCAUAUGCAUAUAAGCAAUAUAUAUCAACAUAUGUUUGUGAUGCAUGUUAGGUGUUUUGUGUGUAUGCAUGUGUUCGACUUGGUAAUGUAUAGCUCAUGUGUCAGCACUUGUUUGUGAUGUAUUUCGUUUUCUCUUUGAUUUCACUGCAUGUGUAUGCAUGUGUAUGUCUGCAUGCAUGCAUGCACAUUGGUUUGUGUCUUAUGGGGUCAGCUGGAGAUCCUCUGGAACAUAGGACACACGCGAAGAGAAAUCCUCCAAAACUUUGUAUUAGGAACUCCAUUUGUUGUCAGCUUAGUAUUUUUGUUUUCCAUUCUUUAUGUGCAAACUGUGAGCUUUUUAGACCUAGUUUUGGUAAACUGGGCUUUUGUAUAGAGCUGUUAUAGUGCUUUGAUUAUUUAUGCUAACUUUUGUUUCUUUUGGCAUUUUGGUGGUCUGAUAUUUCUUGAGGCAAGAAGGUCCAGAAUCAAACACUCGGUGGGUUUGAGCUAUGUUUAACAGAAAGUUUUCCAGCUUUUAAUGAAAUCUUCACGCGCAUGGUUCAAAAAAUGUUAAUGGUGGCUGAACAAAACUGCCCGUGCGAUCAUUCCUCAUUAACGGUUGAGUGUUUAUUACAGAAGUUUUAAUGUCUGAACUCUGAAUGAUGUAAGGAUAACGUAGAUUGAUUCUAGUACUGGAACCAAUAACUUCUGUAGGAAAAAAAUCACAAGGAUUUCUUGCUUCAAUUAUAAGAAAGUUUGGCAUGGCAUAAGUUGGAUGGUUCCGUCAUUCACAUGAUUGCAAGUGGAGAAUUUUAGAUUGGUUGUGUGGCAAAGAUAGAUUGUUCUUUAUUUGUCAGAGUGGUCCUUUGUUUAAAAAAUAAACUUGAUAUUGGUGAUAUUAUUCUUUAAUUUUAUGGACCAUCAGGGAAGCUGAAAAACAAUCACCUAGAGGCACCAUUUGAGUGAUGGUAGCGAUCUGAGUGUAUGUUUUUAUCAUCAUUUUGCAGCGCCGAAUGAGAAGUUGACCUGUUACAGGGAUUCUGCUUUUGUAAGAAAUUGUAGGAACUGGCUGUAUCACGUGGUACAUAUUAAUGAUUUUGCGAGUAAUGAUGAAA